ACCCUGCAGUGUUUGGCGACGGAGGAGCCGAGGUGAUACUCUGGGGAUGCGCGGAGUUGAGAGGCUGACAUGGACAUGAAGAAGUGAUCGGAGCCGGCUUGUUGACGCAUAAUCCCGCCCGCCCCGCCGGGAGGAGCUGGGGUUAAAUCUAUUUCUCCGAAACUCAAAUCCUCCACGAGAGAUUUACGAAGUGCGCCGCUGCUGCUGCUGCGGGUUCAGCCACCUCCUGAACAUUUGUUUUCUCUCUGACCAGCUCUGCGAGAGGAAAUCAGCAUAUUUUUAUCAUAUUUUUUAAUCAUAUUUGUGGGCAGAUGCUCAUGUCUCACAUGCGCAUUUAAGGCGCAGUCGUUACUAGAGCGUUAAAUCCACCUUUUGGGAUCGGCGCUGUCACUGCGUCGCGGACGGAUGCGCCCCGAGGUGCGGACAGGACCUGCUCGUUCAUCAUCAUCUCCAUCAUCACCAUCAUCAUCAUCAUCAGAGGUAUUUGAUCGUGACUGUGUUGAUUACACCGGAGAUCUGGAGCCAUGACAGGCCCCCCGCUGGCCCCACAGCCCGCCUGCUGCUGACGGUACCGGGCGGGAUGGGAGCAGGUCUGCCGCCUUCAGGAUCCCGAACCAGCCGAUUUAUAAAUGGAGGAGGAGAGUGACACCCGGAAAAUCAACAACAGCUUCCUUCGCGACCACAACUAUGCAACCGAAGCUGACAUCAUCUCGACGGUUGAGUUCAACUCGUCGGGGGAGCUGCUGGCCACCGGGGACAAAGGAGGCCGAGUGGUCGUCUUCCAGAGGGAGCAGGAGAAUAAGAGCCAGCCUCAGCGCCGGGGCGAGUACAACGUCUACAGCACAUUCCAGAGCCACGAGCCGGAGUUCGACUACCUGAAGAGUCUGGAGAUCGAGGAGAAGAUCAACAAGAUCAAAUGGCUGCCUCAGCAGAACGCCGCCUACUUCCUGCUCUCCACCAACGACAAGACGGUGAAGCUGUGGAAGAUCAGCGAGAGAGACAAGCGUCCGGAGGGCUACAACCUGAAGGACGACGACGGGCGCAUCCGAGACCCGUCGACCAUCACCUCGCUGCGGGUGCCGGUGCUGCAGCCGAUGGACCUGAUGGUUGAGGCGACGGCGCGGCGAGUCUUCAGCAACGCUCACACGUACCACAUCAACUCCAUCUCCGUCAACUCCGACCUGCAGACCUACAUCUCCACCGACGACCUCAGGGUCAAUCUGUGGAACCUGGAGAUCACCGACCACAGCUUCAACAUCGUGGACAUCAAGCCGGCCAACAUGGAGGAACUGACGGAGGUGAUCACCUCGGCAGAGUUCCACCCGCAGCAGUGCCACACCUUCGCCUACAGCAGCAGCAAGGGCUCUAUCCGCCUGUGUGACAUGAGGGAGGCGGCGCUCUGCGACAAGCACUGCAAAUACUUCGAGGAGCCAGAGGACCCCUCCACCCGCUCCUUCUUCUCCGAGAUCAUCUCCUCCAUCUCCGACGUGAAGUUCAGCCACAGCGGGCGCUACCUGAUGACCCGCGACUACCUGACCGUCAAGGUGUGGGACCUGCAGAUGGAGAGCAAGCCGAUAGAGACGUACCAGGUUCACGACUAUCUACGAGGAAAACUCUGUUCUCUGUACGAGAACGACUGCAUCUUCGACAAGUUUGAGUGCGUCUGGAACGGCUCAGAUAGCGUCAUCAUGACCGGCUCCUAUAACAAUUUCUUCCGGAUGUUCGACCGGAACACCAAACGUGACGUCACCCUGGAGGCGUCGAGGGAGAACAGCAAACCCCGAGCCAUCCUGAAGCCUCGCAAGGUGUGUGUCGGUGGGAAGCGCCGCAAGGACGAGAUCAGCGUGGACAGCCUGGACUUCAGCAAGAAGAUCCUUCACACCACGUGGCACCCGCACGAGAACAUCAUCGCCGUGGCGGCCACCAACAACCUCUACAUCUUCCAGGACAAGGUCAACUAGAGAGCACUGUGCCCCCCCCCCCCCCCUGCUGACCCCCUGCUGGGACUGGAGAAAGAGGGUUGGAGCCCUUAUACACCCUCCUCUUCCUCGCCUGGUUGCUGCCGGUCUUGUAUUUUGCCAGAGAUAAUUAUCCAGUGGAAUUUUGUGGGUUAAUGGGGGGAAUUUAUACAAGCUGGAUAAAACAUGAGGGGAAAAAACAGUUCCUGUAAAGCGAGAACGGACUUUUCAUUCUUCAAUUUGACUUGUUGUUUAAUUUAUUUAACCGUGUGGACACCCGGAGGAGUGCAUCCUGCAACGGGAGGAUGGAGCAGCCCUGCGGACCCUGGAGGAAAGGGCUUGGAUGUGGGAACACUGAACUGUAACUCGAGCACAUGGCUGACAUGACGAUAGCAACAGCGCCCCCUCUCUGUCACCCUGCUCAUGUGCACGUGAUCAACCCUGAGGCCUCGUUUUUUUUGGACAACCUGCUGCAGAACUCCUGCAAAAAAAAGAGGGAAGAGCCCGUUAAGUGACCCCCAGAGCCACCAGGUCGUCUCCGAGUCUCUCCGGCGAGACGCUGCUGUCGUCUGUGAUGUACAUGAAGCCCUUCCAGGCCGCCUCAGUGGUUUUUAUUUAAUGCUGUCGUUUUAUUGAGUCCUUCGCUCGGUCAAUGAGUCUGUCUAGAAGCUGUGGUGCCUUCUUUUGGUGUGUGGGGGUUUGAUGUAGUGGGACGGGGAGGGGGGGACACAAGCAGGAGAGUGACUGUUUCAAAUGAAGUGUUAACUUUUUUCUUUCUUUCUUUAUAAAAAUGCCCCAAGUGGGGAAAAAAGUGCUCUGAGCGCCGUGACCUCGAUGACAUCACAGCGCCGGCUGCACGCCGAUGAGGUCAGGGGUCGACGCCGCGAGAGGCUCAACGUUAUCGUUGCUCUCGUCACGUCGCCGUCGGUUUGAGACACGACCACGAUGCCACGGUACAAAAACACUCACGUCACAUGUUUACCUGAUUUAGAUUGUACCCAAAAUGAUCUGUAGAUGGUGGAACCGUAAACUAUCCACGUGGAACAUGUUGACGUUUCACGUCCUAACAGGCGCUAGCUCUUUAUUGUUAGAUCUGAUUCGGAUGGAGCUGACAGCCUGCGUGUAGAUAUUUAACAUCUGCAGAUCAUUUGAGGUAAUAUGAGAGGAAAAUACUCGGCUUCGUCCACAAGAAGCCGGUUUUAAAAUGUUUGGUUUGAAGAAUGCACACCAGGUUGUAUUUCAGUUUCCUCGUUCGUCUCUUGAUUUGUUUGACGAGCCGAAAGCAGUCGAAGGUCUGAAUUGAACUCUGUGAAAUCAGGGAAUUGUUAAGUGUGAUUCCUUUAAAAAACGAUAACGUCUUCUAAAACAACCUCCUUUGUGACACUUCUAAUUGAAAAAAUAAGAAGAAAGAAAACAACUUUUAUAGCUCAGAAUGUAUUGAAAUGCAAUUAAUUACCAUGCAGUCUUUAUGCUUACUGGACUUUCUUUGAAUACAAAAAUGAAUAAAAGAUGUACAAGUUGAAAAGCCUG